CCUUUCAAAGUAGAAGAAGAAAAGGAGGAAGUUAACCGGGUAACGACUGCAUCUGAGAAACAGAAACACUUCGCCGGUAAUUUAUUCCCAGAGUUCGGUUCCUUCCUCUUUCUCUGUUAUGGAAUAAAAUUGUUCCUUCGCUGAAAGGUUCUACACAGACGAAGAAAUGGACGAGAUAAAGACCGAGCCUGUGGAUUUUGUGAAGGAAUUCCAAGAAUACCUGACACAGCAAACCCAGCAUGUCAACAUGAUCUCAGGCUCCGUGUGCGGAGAGAAAGAGUCAGUGGAGCCGUUUCAAGCCGCUGCACCCAGAAGUGAGCAGAAUGGUCUGGACCCUCCGUCUGUGGAGGUGAGCCUGUCGAUGGAGGAUGGGUCAGAUGUACAGAUGGACGGCCUGGAGAGGACCUGUGAUGGAAAAUACAAGUGCAGCUACUGUAGCUAUGCCAACAAGGGCAUGGCUCGCUUAAUAGAGCACAUCCGCAUCCACACAGGAGAAAAGCCACACCGCUGCCAGCUGUGCCCUUUCGCCUCAGCAUAUGAGCGCCAUUUGGAAGCCCACAUGCGUUCGCACACAGGAGAGAAGCCGUACAAGUGUGACCUCUGCGCCUUCCGCUGCAGCGACCGCAGCAACCUGUCACACCAUCGUCGCCGGCGCCACAAACUUCUGCCCACGAGGGUCGUUCGCUCUGCCUUCUCCAACAAGAGAAUGCUGAGCGCCUUGCAGAAGAGGACGGGCUCGCUUGGCUUCAGCAGGCGACUGCUCAUCAAUUUCAACCCUCCCUCCAUGGUGAUGCCAAAGUCGGAUUAUCUAAACGACUUGUCUCACAAGCUCCACUAUCAUUUGAAUGGCAGUGAGUAUAAGAGCCUUCCCAAGGUAGAUGAGAAUGAUAGUCACAACAGAGGCGCUAAUGGUUUGACGUUUAAUAACCCGCUGGACCAGCUGUCCACACUUGCUGGCCAGUUGGCCGACCUUCACCCUGAGUCUCAGACUGCAGCGUCUCCAGACAGGGAGUUUUUAGAAGAUGAGAAGCCCAUCCUCAUACAUCAGGUCUCUAGUGAACAGGUUGUAAUGUGUUCAAACAGAGUGCAGACAUCACCUCCUAAAGAAGAAUCUCCCACCUCAGGCCACGGCAGUUGUAGUCCUGUUCCUGGCCUCAGUUUUGAGAACAACAUGAGCGCUCUUCCUGCGAGUGUGAGCAACAGCCAGCCGAGCACACCCACUCCUGCCCUGAACACUCUGGACCAACAGCUCUUUCAAAAAUGCCAGCACUGUGAUAUUGACUUUUCUGACAAUAUCCUCUACACCAUUCACAUGGGCUGUCAUGGCUACGAACAUCCAUUCCAGUGCAACAUCUGUGGACACAUGUGCACAGACAAAUAUGACUUUGCAUGCCACUUUGCCCGUGGCCAACAUAAAAAGUGAUUUUCUUUGACAGAGAAGCACAUGGAGUCACAGAACCUUGUGUUUUUGGUAAAUUGUGUUAAAGACAGAGACACUGGUUUUAUAUUUUUGUUUUUGUGCAGUUAGGGAUAGGGUUAGGGCUACACAUUUUACACUCACUAACUGCACUAUAUACUUGGCUCACAACAGCUUUCACCUAUGAGCUUUUUUUUUUACAUUUCUUUUGACUGAAUACGACAGACACAUAUUACAGAAGCACAGUUAGUAUUAGGAAACUUGUGUUUCAUUGUGAUUUUGCAGUGAGUCACCAGGGCUUCACAGUAGAUCACAGAUACACAGGCAGUUACAUCUAAGCUAUUUAAAAAAACAGUAUCAUCAGUAUUUGAAAUUGAACACAGGUUGUGACUGCGGAUAACCUGUCAUUUGUCCAUCUCUAUAUCCGUUACUCUAACGUUUCUAUCUCAGUUAAAUCAGCUGGACACGUUACUUUGAGGAACUGAAGUGGGAUGUUUAGAAACUGAUGAAUUGAUCAGCUUGUUUUCUGUACAAAACUUAACUUCAUGUCCAGCUAAUCUGUAAAACCCUGCUCAUGCUGAUAUUUAUCAAUACCUCACUUCAUAAAUUGUAGAAGACAUCCAAACAAUUAUAUUUUAGAUAGAUUUACAGUAAGUUUUGUUCUUUUAUAUUAUUUAUAUCCUGCAACUCUUUUCUACAAGUAUUUAUAAAUUGUACUUUGAAUGGUUGUGGUUCUGUAUUUAUCAAUUUCUUUCCCAAAAUCAAAGUUCAGUGUAGCCACUUCUAAUUUGUGUAGUAGCUGAUAUUGAGAAACUGUAAAGUUUCAGGGUAACACUGUGACUUUAAGAUGUAAUGCAAUGUUUAGUUCCUGACAGACAAGAUAAAAAUGUUAUCUGAUAAAGAUUACAUACUGCAGAAAAAUAUAUGUGGAUUUUGAGGAAAAUUAGAACUGUUUUUAUGUCUUAAUAAAUUAUUGAAGGGAUAAAUACAGUUA